AUGGAUGGAGGAGAAAGAGGUGAUGCUUUUACAAAAGGAGACAUUUAUAAUAGUCUUUUGAAAGUUUUGGGGGCAAUGUCUGACUGUAUAGGCACCAGACGGAGGCCUUGCGUUCGACAACCCGGCAAUUGUCCUUCAGUCGCAUUAUUACCGAUAAAUGUCGGUGACCUAAUAAUCUCAAAGUUUUGA